CCUUGCGACCAGAUAAGUGAGGCCCAGGCCCCGCAGCUUCGUCUGGUCACCUCCACCAUGGACUUUCAGCGAGCUGGAGUCCGGCUGCAGAUCGUUCUGGGACACCUCAACCGACCCUCGGCCCCGGCGAUUGUAGCUCACCCUGUAUCAGCGGCCACUUCCCCUGCCAGUUGCUGUCCUCAGCGAUUCCAGUAUACUUUGGAUAAUAAUGUCCUAAGCCUGGAGCAGAGACAAUUUUAUGAAGAAAAUGGAUUUCUUGUCAUUAAAAAGCUAAUAUCUGAUGAGGAUAUUGAACGUUUUCGAGCUGAGUUCGAAAGGAUCUGCAGGAAGGAGGUGGCCACACCAGGGAUGAUAGUAAUGCGAGAUGUGGCCAUCGCGAAACUGGACUGUGAACUGAAUGAGAAAGUGGUUUCAAAGGUCCAGGAUUUCCAAGAAAACAAGGAGCUCUUUAGAUACUGCUCCCUCCCCGAGGUGAGAGCCUGGCCUGCUUCCCCGCCUAGUGGUCAGACUACAAGUCGGCCUCUAACGUCUUCUCGGUUUACUCCCUCAAGCACUUGCCCCUUACCUGUCGGCCUCAUACCUGGUCUGCUCUACCCAGCCCCUGUCUACAGAGGGUGCUGGAGCUAUGCUCUUCAGUGAAGGUGAUUCUGCCCCACACUGGCUACUGACAACAUCCGGAGACAUGGACAGUUGUCAUGAUUGGGGUGGGGCGAGCUAAUAGCUUCUACAGAGCAGAGGUCGCUGAUGCUGCUAAUGGGACCCAGAGAUUCUAUAAUGCACAGAGGAGUCCCCAUCCCAAAUAAGGAACUAUCUCACCCCAACUGCUCAUGACAUCAUGGUUGAGAGACUUUCCUGUGGACUGUGUUGUG